UAUACAUGUCAAAAAAUUAAAGUAAAACAGUAAUAGUAAAUAUAUGUAUAUGUAACAGCAGCAACAGUGAUUUCAUUACUAUAACCACUUUCACCAUCAUCAUCUUAAUAAUCAUAAUCCUGUGAAAUUGAGCUGAAAUGGUAGUGGAGUAACAGACACAGCUACAGACAGCAGACACCAACUGCUGCAAAUGCUGCAGCGGUUUGUGUGUGGCAUCUUAUCACAGAACAUUUUCAUACCAAGCUGUUGACCUGUGGCCCUGCGGAACAUCCCAGCUGAAUGGGGAUUAGGGCUGAGCAUUAAAAGUCACAUUGCAUCUCAUGCUUUUCACUCGUCCUGUCCUCAAACAUUUCUCUCAGAGCCCUGAUACACCGACCGUUACCAUGAACAUCUCUGGGAUCCAUCAGGGGAUGCUCAGAAUGUAUGGUGGAUUUAUUUUCAAACAGUGGAAGAAGAGGUUUCUGCUCCUGACAGCUGAAGGCAGCCUCCUUGUGUGCCACGAUGCAUCAUCUCUACCUGACCAGCUGGUACUAUUGCAGAGUAACUGUGAGGCAAUUGUAGAAGGCAAGGACAUCCUAGAUCUGCCAAAGUUGCCCUCCGGUGGAUUCAGGGAUUGCUGCUUUGCACUCAUCCUGCCCCAGAAUAAAUACCUGCUGCUGCUGGCUGACACCCAUGCAGACUGCAGUCAAUGGCUGAAUGUGCUGAAAAAAGUGAAAAAGAGUAUCUCAUCACCUCUCAGUCCUUGUAAGCGACAUCAGGUGCCACCACUACGCAUUACUCUCAACGAUCUGGUGCCCGAGCAGGAAAAAGAGCCACCAGCUCCACCAGUCAGCAACGCAGAGGCACAGGCACAGUCACCAGGGCCUAUGACUCAUGGUUCACCAAAGGAGAAAGGUAGACAAUCUCCCCGUACAAAUUAUUACAGAGGAGGUGCACAUUCAGUCGGGUGUCUGCGUCACGGCACUAUCAGUAACGCCCAAGCAGUGAGGGCGGUUUAUCUGCUGAUGGGAGGGGCAGCUGCUUCCUCUGCUAUGGGUUACCUAGGCACAUGCUCACCCUCUAAUCUGGAGGCCAAAGCUCCUGACCUGCCUCUCAACGCUGAUUUCUCUGGCAUGGGACCAGCAGGAGCAGGAGCAGGAGCGUACCACACCGUCAGCACUACCAUCGACUCCCCUCACUUCAACAGCUUUGACUUUGAAGUGGCAGACUCCGACUUUGAUGCUUUUGACUGCGGGGGAUUUACUUUCUAAUAAUGUGCUGCAUGGUGGCGUACGGAUACAGACAGCUUUUGCAUAUUUCAUCAUCCACCCACCCUUACAUCCAUUAUCUAGACCUGCUUAUCUAUAAGGGGGUCAAGGGGGGGCUGGAUUGUUAAAAUGACAGAACCAAAAAUGAGAGUUUUCAAUUCAAGAUGAAGAAAAAAUUUGCUACCUGAAAUUCAGUCAAUACUUUAAAAACAGAGAUCAUAAAAAACAUUUCAUGUUAUUUUGGAUUAUUGGUAAAUAAUGUUUUACAUUUUUUUAAUUGAAACCCUGAAUGUGUCGGUUCUUAUAAAUGUUAACAUUUUACCAAACCUGUAAGGGCUUGACUUACUGUAUUAUUCAGUACUUGAGAACAUAUAUUUUUGAAAAUUAUAACAUUUUGUUACAAUUGACAAUACAGUACUUUUUAGCAUGUGAUUUUGAAUAUUUUAGUGGACACUGUACUGAGAUACAGACACUGUGGUAACUAUUGCAAAAUGUAUUUUGUGCAUAUUGAACACGCCUUGUAUGUGUGAUAUUUGGCAUGAUGACAUCAUCAGCACUAUCAGUGAUUGUGAAUGUGAUUUGUUGAAUACAUAAUAUGUUAUACUAUGAGUAUAAACGUGUGUUUGUUUUAAAGUCACAAAUGCAUUAAAAUCCCUAUUAGUUACAGUUAACCUACCACUGACUGUGGGUAAAUAAACCUGCUAAGGCUCUUCCCUCAGCGUUAUUGUGUGCAUGUCUCAUUCAAAUAUUCAGUUAUGUUCUAUGUUCUUGGUUAAAAGCACAUUUGUUCUACAUGUAUUUGAGCACACUUGUAUUAAUAAAACUGAUAUGUGGAAAUUAGUCAGUAGUCAUCAUAUUUUGUUGUUUACUAACGACACAAGUUAAGUGAUACAUUU